GUAGGAGCCAGGAUGGCUCAAUUUUUCAUCAUUCUGCCCAUGGGUUGUACAGCAAGUUGCUGUGAUACGGUGUUUAGCAUGUCUGUGCAUUUAAUGAAUGAUUAAAAGUCUUGCUUGUUCACUGCAGGCUGCAAAAGGCUGCUGCAGUAACUGGUGCAGAAUGAGUGGAUCAGGAUAAGGAUUGAGGAACUCGUGGCUAAGCAAGUCUGUAAUUCACUGAUCUACCUUCUCUGUGAAUAUAUAUUGUACAUCAUAUUGGAUGCACAGAAAGACGGAUGCAGUGACUAAGCAAGUGUCUGUCUCUGGAUCUUAUACGGGGUGCUUCCCAUUGACGAAAAUGGUCAACAAAGACAUGAAUGGAUUCCCAGUCAAGAAGUGUUCUGCCUUUCAGUUCUUUAAAAAAAGGGUAAGACGAUGGAUAAAGAAGCCGUCAUCCAGCAAAGACAAACACCAGAAUAAGCACUUGAAAUACACACCUGGAUCAACUGUGAUGCAUAUUACACCUACACCAGAGGAUUCUGAGUUUUCACCAUGUCAAAGUUACUUAGACAGCCAUUCAUUUGACAGCUAUACAACUCCUCAUGAAUCACAGAUGCACCACUGGGAAAGCCAAAGAAGCUGCAACAAUGUGAUGAAACCAUGCAAAAAGGAUGAUUUGAACCCAGUCGACCAGAAGACAUUUUGGAGUUGUAAUGAUUCAGCUUUUAUGAAACAGAGAAGAAUGGGAUUGAAUGACUUUAUACAGAAGAUCUCCACCAACUCCUAUGCCUGCAAGCAUCCUGAGGUUCAAUCAAUCUUGAAUAUUUCACAACCCCAGGAGCCAGAAUUACUGAAUGGCAAUUCCUCCCCUCCGCCCAGUCCAUCUCAACAAAUCAAUCUUGGACCUUCAUCCAACCCCCAUGCCAAGCCAUCGGACUUCCAGUUCCUGAAGAUCAUUGGGAAGGGUAGCUUCGGUAAAGUGCUUUUGGCAAGACACAAAGCUGAUGAGAAAUUCUACGCAGUUAAAGUCCUGCAGAAAAAAGCAAUCCUGAAGAAAAAAGAGGAGAAACAUAUAAUGUCCGAGCGUAAUGUUCUGUUGAAAAAUGUGAAACACCCGUUCCUGGUUGGACUCCACUUCUCCUUCCAGACAGCCAGCAGAUUAUACUUCAUCCUAGACUACAUCAAUGGUGGAGAGCUGUUCUACCAUCUCCAGAGGGAACGCUGCUUCCUCGAACCCCGAGCUCGGUUUUAUGCAGCAGAGAUAGCCAGCGCACUGGGAUACUUGCAUUCUCUGAACAUUGUCUACAGAGACCUGAAGCCCGAGAAUAUAUUAUUGGAUUCACAGGGUCACAUUGUACUUACUGAUUUUGGACUUUGCAAGGAGAACAUAGAGCCCAAUGGCACAACUUCUACUUUCUGUGGCACUCCAGAGUACCUUGCACCAGAAGUUCUACACAAACAGCCUUAUGACAGGACGGUUGACUGGUGGUGCCUAGGAGCUGUUCUCUAUGAGAUGUUGUAUGGCUUGCCGCCAUUCUAUAGCAGGAACACAGCAGAGAUGUAUGACAAUAUCUUGAAUAAGCCUCUGCAGCUGAAACCAAACAUAACCAAUUCAGCCAGGAACCUUCUGGAGGGCCUUUUGCAGAAGGAUAGGACUAAGAGACUGGGUGCCAAGAAUGACUUUAUGGAGAUUAAGAACCACAUCUUUUUCUCUCCAAUUAACUGGGAUGAUCUCAUCAAUAAGAAGAUUACUCCUCCUUUUAACCCAAAUGUGAGUGGCCCCAGUGAUUUGCAACACUUUGAUCCUGAAUUCACAGAAGAACCAGUUCCAAAUUCCAUCGGCCAGUCACCAGACAGCAUCCUUAUAACAGCAAGCAUUAAAGAGGCAGCAGAUGCUUUUAUGGGCUUCUCCUAUGCCCCACCUAUGGAAUCUUUCCUUUGAGGGACAUUCUCAUCUUCUGGUCAUCUUGAGUCACUAAGAUUAAUUUUUUUCCUGACAAGUGAAAAAAGUAAAUGACGCAUCCUUCAUGACAGCAUCACAGCCUUAAUUUCAACACCACCAGUUUUUCUGGAAGAACGCACAGUGGAGCUGAGUCAAAGGAGGAACAAGUGACUUUAAUAAGGGCAUGGCUCUUAGGAGGAGACAGUGCCUCAAGAGCAGGCGCGCAGGCCCCGGACUUUGUGAACACAGACGAAGAAACACAAAGAGAUGGAGCUGUUUUAGUUGUUUUUAGUUUUUAUUUUGCAACGUGCCUUUCUCAAUUCAGAGAUCCCAUGUAGCUUGAGAAUUGUCCACAUGAGCUGGAAGUUCUUAGGUGGUGACUCUGAUUUUACAAGUGAACAAUGGUAUGAGUGUGAUGCUUAUCACAGUAUGACUGUGGUUUUUCACACGUUAAUGUGACACUAAUUCUGGGGCAUUAUACUUUUUCUUCCAUAUGUGGAAGCUAAAUUUACUGUAAAUCUUGUUUUGUUUAGAUAGUACUAAUGAAGUGUAUUGCCAUGGGCUUGCGAUGAUCCUUGUUUGAAAUGCUUGAAGUAAAGCAUUUGCUGCUAUUCAGAUUUCUAUUUUUAGAAAUGGUUUUAUGGACCAAAAUGCCCCACAUUUAGUUUGUUCAUAGCUGUAAAAUGUGGUUUUAAUAUACAUUAUUUAUGUUUAUUUUUGACAUUCCGGACAUUCAUCUUUGUGCAUAUUGUAUAUAAUCAAGAGCUGUAUAUUUAAACUGACAGAUACAUAAUGCCAAUGUACUGUAAUUAAUAAGAGAAAUGUACCUUUUUGUGACCAAACCCAAGGGUUUGCAAUAAAACUUUGAAAACAAA